AUGGGAUUUAGGGGGAGGUUUAGAUUAGUGCAGAGUCCAAACGGGAUGUUUUUCUUCUAUAGAAAAAGAUAAGCAGAAGUUCCUGGUGUGUUUUUUUUUGUUUGUCUUUAUUGGUGGAAAUGAAAGUAAAUAUUUUCUAAAACCAAAAUAAGUCAUGAAAAAUGAACGAUUAACAUGUAAAAAACGAGGCGAUUUGAUAUAUAUCAUGCAUAUGAGGUGAGAUGAGAACAAACCGGUGCAGGGGAUCGACACAAAAACACACCUGUUUACCGGAAUCCGGAUUUUCCAGGUUAAAUAUAUAAAAUGGCGACAAACCGGAAAUGAAACAGUUUUUCCUGCCUGGAUAAAAUCCAAACAGGAGCUAAACAGCGCCCUGUUGUGUGUUGAGGAAUGAGAGACUCACCUUAAACUACAAGCGGAGCGACUUUACUACACAAUACGCAGUCCUCGUCCACGUGGCCGUGAUCUGGCACCAUGGAGGAUUCCCCAGCAUGCGAGUCUAACGUGUUCGUGGCCGUUCGGCUCAGACCGUUCAACAGGAGAGAGAGGGAUCUAAAGACAAAAUGUGUGGUAGAGAUGGAGGGAAAACAGACCAUUCUGCAUCCAGCAAGCAGCAACCUCGGAAAAGGGGACAGCAGGAGUCAGCCCAAGGUCUUUGCGUAUGAUUACUGCUUCUGGUCUAUGGAUGAAACACAGUCUGACAAGUUUGCAGGUCAGAACACUGUGUUUCAGUGUUUGGGGGAGAAUCUGUUGGAUAAUGCAUUCCAAGGAUACAACGCCUGCAUAUUCGCUUAUGGACAAACAGGUUCCGGGAAGUCGUACACCAUGAUGGGAUCAGCCGAACAGCCCGGUCUUAUCCCUCGCCUCUGCAGCUCUCUGUUCGAGCGAGCCGCCCGUGAGCAGAAAGAGGGAGAGCGCUUCACUCUCGAGGUCUCCUACAUGGAGAUCUACAACGAGAAAGUCCGAGAUCUGCUUGAUCCCAAAGGAACAUCUCGGGCUUUAAGAGUGAGGGAACACAAGGUUUUGGGCCCUUACGUUGAUGGUCUUUCGCGUCUGGCUGUGAGCAGCUACAAGGACAUUGAGUCUCUGAUGUCAGAGGGCAACAAGUCACGCACAGUGGCCUCCACCAACAUGAACGAGGAGAGCAGCCGCUCACACGCUGUCUUCAACGUCGUCCUUACACACACGAUGCGGGACCUGCAGUCUGGGACGAGUGGAGAGAAGGUGAGCAAGUUGAGUCUGGUGGAUCUGGCCGGCAGUGAGCGAGCGGUUAAAACCGGAGCCACAGGAGAGCGACUUAAAGAGGGCAGCAACAUCAACAAAUCUCUCACCACUUUGGGCCUGGUGAUCUCAGCCCUGGCCGAUCAGGGAGCUGGAAAAUCCCGGAAUAAAUUUGUGCCCUACAGAGACUCUGUACUUACAUGGCUACUAAAGGAUAGCCUGGGAGGAAACAGUCGCACAGCCAUGAUUGCGACUGUUAGUCCGGCUGCUGACAAUUAUGACGAGACCCUGUCCACCCUACGCUACGCAGAUCGGGCCAAGAGCAUUGUUAACCAUGCAGUGAUCAACGAGGACCCUAAUGCCAGGAUCAUCCGUGAGCUCAGGGAGGAAGUGGAGAAACUCAGAGAGCAGCUCACCCAGGCUGAGUCAAUGAAAGCCCAGGAACUGAAGGAGAGGCUGGACGAGUCCGAGCAAUUGAUCAGGGAGAGAAUGAUCACAUGGGAGGAGAAGCUCAGGAAGACUGAAGAGAUUGCACAGGAGAGGCAGAGGCAGCUGGAGAGUUUAGGAAUCUCUCUCCAGUGUUCAGGUAUCAGGAUGGUGGAGGAUAAGUCGUUUCUGGUGAACCUCAACGCAGAUCCUGCCCUUAAUGAGCUCCUUGUCUACUAUUUAAAGGAUCACACAUUGAUAGGAUCGGCUGACUCUCAGGACAUCCAGCUGUGCGGCAUGGCCAUUCAACCACAACACUGUGUGAUUGACAUCACACCUGACUCAAAAGUGAUAAUCACACCAAAGAGGAAUGCACGUACUUAUGUGAACGGCUCUGCAAUCUCGACUCCAACCCAGCUUCACCAUGGUGACCGCAUCCUCUGGGGAAACAACCACUUUUUCAGGAUCAGCUUGCCGAAACCUCGUUCCCGUGCUGAGGUAGACGAAGGAGGAGUGAAGAAGGCUCUGAGUGUAGAACAGUUGGAUUUGGAUUUGGACCGAAUGAGCCAGGGGUCGAGUGAGGUCAGCUUCAACUAUGAAUACGCUCAGGCUGAGCUCAUGACGAAAGGACUGGGCAAUGAUGACCCAAUGCAGUCUGUUCUUCAGGCUCUGGAGCGCAGGCAUGAGGAGGAGAAGCGUUCGGCUCUGGAGCGUCAGCGCCUUCUGUAUGAAGAGGAACUGCAGCGGCUGCGCAGGCGCCUGAGUCCUCAACAGAGAGGUAGCGAGGUUGCGAUUCCCUCGUUAUCAAUGUCAUCAUCUCCAAAAUUACAGAGCCAUCAAUGGCAUGGUAGCGAGGAGAGGGAGGAAGUUUUGGCCCGGAGUCUGCGGAAGCUCAGGGAGCAGAUAGUGAGACUGAAUCUGAUGGUGCAGGAAGCCGCCUUCAUAGCCGAGGAACUCAACAAGAAAACAGAAUACAACAUCACACUACAGAUUCCUGCAGCCAACCUUAACGCCAACCGCAAGAGGGACGCAGUGUUGAGCGAGCCAGCAGUGGAGGUGCGACGGAAGGGGAAGGGGAAGCAGAUCUGGUCCUUGGAGAAGAUGGAGAACAGACUAGUGGACAUGAGAGAGCUGUACCAGGAGUGGAAGGAUUUCGAUGAGGACAAUCCUCUGAUGCGUUCGUACUUCAAACGUGCGGACCCGUUCUUUGACGAGCAGGAGAAUCACAGUCUGAUUGGAGUGGCUAACGUCUUCCUGUCCUGUCUUUUCUAUGACGUUAAGCUGCAGUAUUCUGUUCCUAUCAUUAACCAGAAAGGAAAGGUCUCAGGGCGUCUGCACGUAGAGGUGGAAAGAGUACAUGGAACUUUGGGAACAGAGGCAGGACAAGUGGAGAUUGACUCACACGAGCGCAAACUAGUCUGUAGGAUUAAGGUGUCUCAGGCCACCGGACUGCCACAGAACCUCUCCAAUUUUGUCUUUUGUCAGUAUGAUUUCUGGGGACAGGAGGAGCCUGUGUUCAUAGCUCCCGAGGUCAAUCUGUUCACACAAUCAACCCCGAACAGCAAAGAGCCGCACUGCAGCGUGCCCUUCGACAGCUGUAAGGAUCUGGAAGUGACAGUAACUGAAGAUCUAAUUGACUUCCUGGCUGAUGGUGCUGUUGCUAUUGAGGUUUACGGGCACAAAGUAGCACACCCACGCCGAAACCUAGCGCUCUGGGACAUGGGGGUGAUUCAGGACAAGACUCGCUCACUCAGAGAGAAGUGGAGUGAGGUGAUGAGGCGGCUGGAGCUCUGGGUACAGGUGUUAGAGCUGAACGAGGCGGGAGAGUUUGUCCCUGUGGAGGUGACACCUGCUAAAGUGGUGCGCACAGGGGGAGUGUUUCAGCUCCGACAGGGUCAGUCACGGCGAAUUCAGGUGGAGGUCCGAUCAGUGUUGGAUUCUGGCACCAUGCCCCUGAUGGCCGAGAGUGUGCUCAGUGUGCAUGUGGGUAACGUAGAGGUGCAGCCGAUUCCACGGGUGGGAGACAGCGAGCUUGACAGCUAUCAGGAGAGGGAUUUGGAGCGACUGAAGGCACAGUGGCUUGCUGCCCUCACUCAGAGACAAGAGAACUUGGACCAACAGCUCCAAAAUCUCGUCAGUAAGCCAGAUAAAUCCGAGGAAGAUGUAGAGAUGGAGGCGCAGCUUUUGGAGUGUCGUCUCACUCUGACAGAGGAGCGGAACGCAGUGUUACUGCCUCCUGCUGGCAGCGGCAUUCCUGGAGCCCCUGCUCAAUGGGUUCCAGUACCAGGAAUGGAGACUCACAUCCCUGUCAUCUUCCUAAAUGUCACUGCUGAAGAUCUUCAUGAUGGUGUCUUGACUCCGCUGGCUGCAGGGAUGGACGCUGCCCUGACCAGAGAGGAUGAGGACGAUUUCUUUGAGCUGCAGAUCGUAAAGCACCAUGACUCCAAGGUGAAAGCCGAGGCUUCUUGGGACUGUACAGUGCAUGACUGUGCAGAGCUGAGUCGAGGUGGAGGUCCAGAGCUGUUUGUGUAUCUGACAGUGCGGGUUGCUGUGCUUCUCAGCCACCCGGCGCAGAUGCAGCUGAUUCUGCGCAAACGCAUCUGCGUCAAUCUCACUGCACGACAGGGUUUUGCUAAAAGCUUGCUGAAGAGAAUGUCUCAGCGGAGCAACAUACCUGGCAGUGGAGUCACCUUCGAGAUCGUCUCAAACAUCCCAGGGGAUGCACAAGGCAUGGAGGACAGAGAGAUGUUGGCCAGACUUGCCAGCAGUGCAGGGAAAAAAGCAGAGGACAGUGAGGCUGCGAUAGAGAAAUACCUGCACACAGUUCUUGCUGUGGAGAAUACCCUCAUGCUGGACCGCCUCAGACAGGAGGUGGCCGUGAAAGAGCGCCUUGCCGGUAAAGGGAAGAGUCAGAGUCGCUGUCUCAGCACACCAAACGUCCACAGGUUGUCUGGGAGCAGGCAAGAUAUUUCAGGCAACCAUGAGUCUGGUGUGAAUAAAGCUGCUUGGGAGAGACACCAGGAUAUUUCUUUGUCACAUUCCUCACUCAAAAAUGGAUCAUCUCAUUCUGAACUGCCCCACAACCCAGAGUCAGGACUUUCAGGCAUUGCCACCUCUUAUUUCUCCCCAGUUAAAGCUCUAGUCUCUCCAGUGCCCAAGAUGCUCAAAUCCCUGCUCCCUAAAAGAGAGGAGAAGAAAGACAUCCCACCUCCGUCACAGCCACAGGAUAUUCCUCUCAUAGUAAUUCAGUGCGCAACACCUCAAGAAGACGUCAGCACUCCUAAACUGGAACAUGUAAACUCCACAGCAAUGCAGCAACAAAAUACAGUCUCAUCAGCACCCGAAGCUUCGUCUGUUACCGUGGCUGAUGUGCAUCCUUUACCGGUUUCACAAAUUACUACAGCGCCAGACAUUGUUACAGAGAACACACCCGAUGCCCAGACCACAGUCGCAAAAAGCCUCACGCAGGACCCACAUGAAUUUGUAGAGGUUUUUCCUCUGGUUCAGUCCGAAAGCAAAAACGUGGCUCACGGCCCGGACAGUAAUGAGUCUAGUGGCUAUGUCUCCACCAGCAUCUCUACUGCGACUCUCUCAGAUACGCUAGUCUCAAAUAUAGACGUGAAUUUAGUGCCCUCUUCAGAGUCAGAAGCACAGGAAGCCCUCAAACCCUCCCCAAAAAUGGAACCAGAGCAAGAUGUAGAUGAUAAAGAAUUUGAACCAGAGAAAAGAGAUGAACAGCCAAGGACAGAAGAUAAAAGCCAAGACAAUGCUACUCCAGAUGAUAAAAAGAAAACCAACACCUGUGGUGAGAAAUUCCAAAGUCCACCUACAGAAAGUUCUGCUCUUACAUCUUCCUCUCUUUCUGAGAAAUUAGUUGAAAUAGAACCCUCUGUUGAUCCAAAGGAAUGUAGUCCGCAUAGUUUUAAGGAAUGCCCAGCCUCAGACCCUGAUCAUGACCUCCAUCCAAAAGCAACACACUCCUCAUCUCAAACAAGGAUUUCAGACCCACUUCCUGUCUCGAAACCAUCACCAGCACCAUUAGCGAAACAAGAACAGGCUCUUCAUACACACCCACCCAUGUCAAACCCAUUCAGAAUCCAGAAGAUAAAGACUUCAGGCCUGAAAUCCUUUAAAGGCAUCCUUCAGGAGGCCGAAGAAGAGAUGGAUAAAGAAGGCGUGGAUCCUCUAGAGAAGCUGGAGAUCCUGUCUGACACAGACGAAGGCCAUGAGGAAGGGGCUCUUCCAGACUGGCUGAAGGAGGAUGAAUACAUCAGUGUAGGCAGCAACAAAAAUGGUACAGUGCGCUACAUUGGACCAACGGACUUUGCAGAAGGGAUCUGGAUCGGUGUGGAGCUUGAUGUACCAGCAGGUAAGAACGACGGUUCAGUUGGAGGUCGUCAGUACUUCCAAUGUAAUCCAGGGUAUGGAGUCCUGGUGAGACCAGAUCGUGUGACUCGAGCUUCAGGAACGGCUAAACGACGGAGACAGAAACGGAGCUCACUAAAUUUGUCAGGGUCAAACCCAAACUUAGCAGCUCUGACCGCCCUGGCAAAAGGAGAAGGAGGUGCAGGAGCACGCAGAGGAGAGAACAGGAAGUCCUGGAACACUUGAAUGAAAAGCUCUGAAUAACUACAUCCAGGGUGACCUGACGAAUGAAAAAGAGUCAUUGUGCUGGAAUGCCUCAAGGGCAGCAACAAAAGCAUCCAUCAAUCUUAAUAGAAAGUGAACAACUUCCUUUAUUCUGGAAGAUUCUAAUACAAAGCUAGUUCCUCUGUUACAUAAAAUAAAGCUAGAAACAUGUUUCAGUGAGCUUAAUGAAAAACAACACUUUUCAAAAAGUUUGGCAAAAGCUACAGUUUGUGUGAAGAAAGGAACAAGACAACAUCCUGCCUUGGAAGCACUUCAAUGCUGAGGGAAAUUUAUCAGAGAUGUAUUUCCUCUCGGUCCUGAAAAGACCUGAACGCAAACUCUAUACACAAAGACCUUCCUUAGAGCUACGUGAGACAAGCAAAGCGAAAGAAAAAAGUAACACUUUCUCUACCUGCAGGAAUUAAUUAGCAAAUUGUGAUCAUUCUUUUAUACUUCCUCCUGUCUUCCAGUUUAACGGCUACCAGUCGCAGUCUUUGCACAUGACGUUUAAAUAUACAACACUGUUACAGUGCUACAGAUCAAACACCAGCCUUCUGACCUGUUCCAAAUGAACAGUAGCUUUGUAUUUCAUAAUCAGUUUUAAUAAUCAGUAUUUAUGAUGGGUUUUAUGUAUGGUAAGUGCCUUAACAUAAUCUUGUUUUCUUUUAGGAAUAUUUCAUGUCCAGAAUAUUGUGAUAAUUAAUCAAUGAAAAUGUGCCUCGGAUUGCAUUGCAUCUGGUAGAUGUGUGAAUCUAAUUGUUAAAUGUUCACGUGUGUGUGUGUGUGUGUGUGUGUUUUUAUAAGGUUUUAUAGAUUGGCUGUUUGUAUUACAGCUUCUUCACAUGAAUUUGUCUUUCUGGGACAUGCUUUUAAUGGAGUUUUAUUAUGUUUGAAGUAUUAUGCCACAAGAGUGCACACAAUGUGGUUUAUAUUACAGUGCAAACUGAUGGAACAAAAAAACUUUGAUUCUGGGAAACUACUGAUUCUUUCAUGAAAUUAAAGACAGAAAUCUGUGUUCAGAUUGUACAUCUUCA